AUGGUCAAGACACUCCCCUUCGCCGACAUCCACGUCCCCUCUCCUGGCUUCGGGGCUAUGGGUCUGAGUUUCGGCCUGGGCUCGAACCUCAGCUUAGAAGAAGCAGAGCCCGUGCUGCUAAAGGCCAUCGAGCUGGGCUGCACAUUCUGGGACACUGCUGUUGUCUACCAAGCCGGCAUCAACGAGAAGCUUCUCGGCGCCUUCAUCAAAAAGCACAACGUUCGCGACAAAGUUUUCAUCGCCUCCAAGUGCGGUUUCGAUGUAUUUGGAAAAGGCGGCAUCACCAACUCUGCUGCUCAUAUCAAAGAAUACAUCGAGGGCACCAUUGAACGCCUCGGCUUCACGCCCGACCUCUACUACCUCCAUCGGAUAGACCCUAACACUCCGCUAGAAGAAUCAAUCCCUGCCCUGGACGGGCUUCGCAAGGCCGGAAAGACCAAGUACAUCGGUCUCUCCGAGAGCUCAGCGGCGACCCUGCGCAAGGCGAACUCAAUCGCCAAAAUCGACGCCAUCCAGGCCGAAUAUUCCGCCUUUGAAACCAUCCACGAAACAGACGGGCUCAUCGAGACCGCAAAAGAGCUCGGAAUCGCCUACGUCGCCUACAGCCCACUGGGCCACGGCUGGCUCGUCGACAACUUCGACUACAAGACGCCCGACGACUUUGCGCCGGAUGACUUCCGACGAAAGAGCCCCAAAUUCCAGGGCGAUAAUUUCUACAAGAACCGCGCGAUCGUCGAGGAGAUCAAGAAGCUUGCGACCCGCAAGGGCGUCUCGAUCUCGCAAAUUGCCCUGGCGUGGGUAGCGGCACAGGGGAUGAUUGCCAUUCCCGGUACAACCAAGGCGAAGCGUCUGGAGGAGAACUGGGCGUCCAGGGAGAUUGAGUUCUCGGAGGAGGAGUGGAAGGAGAUGAGAAGGAUUAUUGAUAGCGCGAAGCCGGUGGGUAAUCGGUAUGGGCCGGAGCAUCAGGCUAUGGUUGGGAACUAG